AUGGACGACGAAAACGUUGCAGUUGGUUUAUUGUUUGCUUCAAAUGCGGGUGUCCAAUUGAUAUUCAACCCGAUAGUCGGUCCGAUAACGAACAGAAUCGGUUACAGCAUACCGUUUUUGACCGGUUUUGUCAUCAUAUUCGUUUCGACCAUAUCAUUUGCAUUCAGCAACAGUUACGAAGUUAUGUUCGUGGCCAGAGCAAUGCAGGGACUGGGAUCAUCAUGUUCUAGCGUUUCAGGAAUGGGCAUGUUGGCCAGUUUGUAUAUCGAUGACAAGGAGAGAGGUAAUGCAAUGGCGCUCGCUUUGGGAGGAGCGGCCAUUGGAAGUCUUGUUGGUCCCACGUGCGGAGGAGUCCUGUAUGAGUUUUGUGGCAAGGAGACACCAUUUAUCAUCUUGGCUGCUGUUGCUUUUGUAGCUGGAGUCAUGGUAUUGUUUUUGAUGCAACCACAAAUGAGACCAGAGGAGGAGAAGGGAAGUUCAUUGAAGGAGCUGUUGACUGAUCCAUACAUAAUCAUCGCUGCUGUAUCAGUGUUUUUGGGUUUCCUGGGAUUUUCCAUGCUUGAACCUUCUUUGCCAUUGCACAUGCUCCAAACUAUGGGAUCAUCAAACUGGCUGCAAGGAAUGGCUUUCCUUCCUGGAGGUGUCAGUUACAUUAUCAGUAUUUAUCUUUUUGGACAACUCGCUCAUAAAAUCGGAAGAUGGUUGUGUGCCAUGAUCGGAUCAUUCACCAUCAGUGUGUCAUUGUUUCUCAUACCCCUCGCAACACAAUUUGAACAUUUAAUAGUUCCACUUGCUGCACUUGGAUUCGCAAUCGGCAUGAUAGAUACCUCAAUACUUCCAAUGUUGGGUCACCUGGUCGACAUACGUCACGUGUCCAUAUAUGGAAGCGUCUAUGCUAUUUCUGAUAUGGCGUUUACUUUGGCAUUCAUAGUCGGGCCAGCACUUAGUGGACCAGUAUUGAAUUUAAUAGAAUUCAAAGGACUGAUGUGGAUGAUGGCAGCCAUCAACCUCUUGUACUCACCCAUCCACAUUUUCCUCAGAAAUCCACCAGUCAAAGCAAAAAAUCAAGUCUGGUAA